ACAUAUCUUUGACCUAUAUAUGUUUAAAUGACAGUUCAAGGAAUGGCUAACUUUGCACAACAUGUUUAGGCUAGUGCUGUUGCUUCAGGUGCUGACAAUUAUGGCGACGCCGAGUUGUUGCAUAGUUAAGGGUGAACGGGAUACGCCCGUCAAUUAAGACAAUUACCUCAAAAGUCAUGUUUCUCUCAUUUCAAAGAUAGCUGUAUAAACACAAAAGUGUUACAAAGGUUCCCCUAAUAAGUUACACAAGUUUGUUCAUAUUAUCCAGGCGGCAAACUCACCAGGGGUGAAGAACGUUGACGAUCGCCGUAAUGCGCAACCUACGCCGUUACAAAUUGUCAAGUAAAGUCCACAAAGUCGUCUUCAGGUAUUACCCGUUAAGCCUCUCAUGGAAGGAGGUCAAGAGAAGGAAAUACAGAAGAGAGAGGAUAUAGAUCAGCUAUUCACAACACAAGUGGAGCACUACCCAAGGAAGACGAGAAGGGCUGUGCUGCUCGACUCCUUUUUGUUUUGUCAUCGUUUCAGAGAGGGAAUUAAGCAUGUCCAAGGCAGAAGAGAGGGCAUCCUCUACAAGUUCUAUAGCUCCAGCAGAUAGCAAAGAUGUUACCCCCAGGGAUUCCCUAUCAGGGUCUGUAUCUGAAACGCCCAAGAAAUCAAAGAAGUCCAAGAAAAACACUGAGAGCAUGAACAAAGUCUACAAUUCUGUGUUGGACAGUGUUUUUGGGGCGGAUAGAGAAUUAGCUCAAGCUGAGUUGGAUGAGCUGCAAGAGGCCUUUAAGGAGUUUGACUAUGAUCAAGAUGGAUACCUGAACUACAAAGAUGUGGCUGAAUGCAUGAGGACCAUGGGAUACAUGCCCACAGAAAUGGAGCUGCUGGAGAUAGUGCAACAAAUCAAGAUGAGAAUGGGUGGGUUAAUGGAUUUUGAAGACUUUGUUGAACUGAUGGGACCCAGAAUGAUGGGAGAGACAGCUCACAUGUUGGGACUCAAAGAACUUCAGUCGGCCUUUGUACAGUUUGACCUCGAUGGAGAUGGUAAGAUCAACCAAGAUGAGAUGAAGGAGGCAGUCAAGACGCUGCUGGGGGAGAAGCUAAAGAAAGGAGAACUGGAGGAGAUCUUAAAGGAGCUGGAUAUUAACGCAGAUGGAAACAUUGAUUUUGAAGAGUUUGUGAUGAUGCUCUCCAUUCGCUAGCUGCAGAAACGACUGAUAACAAGGACAGGACAUACUAACAUCUCUGAAUCAUCCCACACAAAGAUAAUACAACUAUCAAAUCUGGACAAUUUGGUAAUGUUUGUAAUGUAGGUACAGACUUCUACAACAUAACGUGUGCCUAAGUCUGUAAUAACUGUAUGAAUGAUAGAUUGUUAUUUUAGCAGAUAUAUCACUGCAAAAAAUUCAUGUAAAAUGUAAAUAACACUGAAAUGCUUUGCUACUUUAAUAAAGAAAUAAAAAUGAUGUGUGAAUUUUCU